AUGGAGUCACUCAACCCUUCGAAUGUCUUCAACAACCUCGAUGUCUUUUGCGACUGGAACGGCAACCCAGAUGAGCCCGUGGGCGUCACUAUCAACAUCGACGUAUGGGGACUCCCAAAUCUCAACUUGCCCAUUCUGAACGUGCACUAUUCCAAUGUCGUCAAAGGUCCAUCACAGUUUGUCUACCAGAAAACCAGUCAAACGCCCGAGCACCACAAGGCAGGGCCCAACGCCGACGAUUUUCCGCGUCACGCCAGGUGUUUUCCAAACAACCAUAGCCUCAACGGCUCGGAAUUCGGAAGUGUUGUUGCCGUUCAGGAUCUUGAUUCACAGUAUGCCCCUACAGAAAGCCCUCGGUCUCACACAAAUGGCAGAUCAGCACGCGCGACUCUCUUUGAUCCGACUGUCGGUAUCUUACAUAUGUACACCAAAGCCGACUCACCAGAAAGAGUGACCGGGAUGAUGCCACCAAGGUCCCGCAAGAGAUCUGCCACUAUUGCUUCGUUGCCUGACUCGAUCGAUCCGGACGAGGAGGAUUCUGUGAGCCGGCACAAGGCACCCAUGACAGAGACGGACUCCGCGGAGUAUCAACUAUGCGACUCACCAAGUGCCAUAGAUACACCUACUCCCAGCUCCAUACCUCUCCCCGUCUCGCCGCUUAUCGACUUGGAAACGGAUGGAUUGUGUUGUGAGAAGCUUCGGUCUUCUGGGCCCUUGGCUACGGCCCCCAGCGUGAGAUUCAAAGACCGGAGUCCUGAAGUAUGCUCUCCCACCACCGAGACCGGGAGUGAACCCCUCGACAGCCUUCCCGACUACGAAACCCCCGUUCUCAGCCCGGAUACGUCUCCCAGUAAGAAUGAAAACUGCGACAAUGUCAAGCCUGUCGAGGAUGAAACUACUUUUGAAAGUCAUCUCACUGAGGAGAAUCUUGCCAUGGGAGAUGAUCAGUCCGAAUCUUUGCGUGCUUGUGAUGGAAGUCUAGUUGGCACGGAAGACAGCGAGGGACAAGAGGAAGGCUCAACACGGUCAUUCGAACCCAACGGAAGUACUCGUGAUUUCACUGCAAUCUCAAAGUCUCCAGUGUUGCCACAUUCGUCCAACCAGAGUGACAUCUCCCCGGAGCCCGAGCUCGUCCUCGAAGACGGUAUUGUCUAUUUCCGGACACCGCCUGGAAUUCACCCUACGAUUUACCAAAUUGAUAUCACUCUCGAAAUCACCUUGAGAAAGGGCAAAUCGCCGGAUUGGUGGGAGUUGGACCUGAGGGGUCUGCCCACGCUCGGCUCCUCCGAUUCUGGAUAUCUUUACUUUCGUACAAAUCCUGGUCGGGGAAUGGAGUUCGGUACUUUGCCGUUCAAGCGGAACACUGUGGUCGAGAACUGCUUGAUGGCUCAAUUCAUACCGGGCAAGAAUCUCGUGGUUCCACUUCGCAACUGCAAUGCUGAGCACUACGGCUUUAUCAACGAUUAUAGAAUCAACUCGGUGCUCCAUUCUGAAAUCUUCCAGAACUCAUCGGGUUAUGCAAUCGAGUACACUGCCGUUUGCUCUGUGAGUCUCAUAAACCACCGAUUCUGGAGUGAGCAAUGCAGCUUUCGCAUGUACGUGCACGGGGGUCCUGACGGCAAAUGGAGUGGUCAUUUCACCGAAACACAGUCUUUCAAAAGCGCGGGAAGACCCAUUCUCUACAAUCUGCUGUUAGAUCCGCCUGCGGAUGCAGAAAUUGGGGUCUCACGCAUCGAGAUGACCUGUCCACCUGCUGCAUUGGACAUGUUUGCCGUGCAAUGGGAAAUCAGGGUUCCCCGAGGAAAGGCUUUGAUCACGCCCUGUAUCAAGAACACACUUGAGAAUGACGCUGAAAUGAAGCUCCGCAACAACUUCGACUUUGUUGACCGCGAGCGGUAUGUUCUUGCGAGACCAUGGAAGCCCACUCCGACCCAGACUGUUCCGAACAUUGCGCGACUGAGCAAAUCACCGUUUAUCGCCCCGCCGCACAGGUUUGCCCGACAGGAUGAUGUACAGAGCUCGACUGCAGUACUUCUUGCUGAGUCUAGCGUUGAUCUGGCAAGCAUAGAGCCUCUUCCCGCCGUUACCAUGUCAGAGGAGCCGGACAAGCCGCGCAGCACCUUUUCUGUUCUGUCACAGGCGACAUGGAGAUUGGCCAAAUUCCUAUUCUACGCAUGCUGGUUCUUGGCCACUCUCCCAUCGGCUUAUUGGUCUUAUAUCAUUCUCAGUCGCGGCUACGUCGGAUUUGACUCGGCUUUCCCUCUCAGAGAAGACCCUCUUCCUCGAGUUUGCGAUAAUUCCCACGCAGACACCACCAGCGACGUCACUACACCUCCCAUUUAUACUGGAUCGGCGCGGGAAGACAUUCACCCACUAAUGAUCGCGUCGGAACCUAACACUGAGCCUCUUCAGGCUGGAAUCGAAGACAUCGAAGACGAUGAUACGAUGCCACUGAGGGACCGCAUUGACUAUUUUCUCGGAUGGAGAGGUCCAGUCAUUCAGGGGUGA